AUGGUACUCACUCCCGAGGUUGAAGGAACGAUCUACCAGAUGAUGGGAUAUGUCACUAUCAACCCUCUCUGCAUUCGCCGCUUGCUCUUCGACCCAGCAGUGACACCACUUUCACGGAUUCUUACCAUGAAAGCGCCAGUCACUUGCCCUUUUGUCAUAGAUCAAAAUGAAUGGAUCAUGCUCAGUCGUUUCCAGAACCCUCCCCGUCUCCAUGCCACUGCAGAUAACGAGUCGGAAACCACAGCGAUUUGGAAGGGCUUUGUGUUUCCUGAGCUUGGAAAAAUCGAUACAUAUUCUCCUCGGGACUUUACUGUCCCUCGACCGCCCGGCUCAGAGACUCCUUCGAAACACCCAGUCUUGCCCUCCCACAAAGCCACAGGAGGUGAUAAAUGGGUUUCACCAGGGACUGAUGCUUCGCUUUUCGAACCUGAGAAUAGAUCUCCUGCAGUCGGCAGUGAAAUUGUCCUGAAAUCAGAUUCUCGAGUGGCUCCAGAGGAGAAAAUAGGUCCAAAUUUCCGGACUAGAAGGAGAAGGAUUUUGGAACAAACUGCCGUGUCCAGGUCUGCUGUUAUUGAGCCAGAGACAACAUCUGCCCCGACACUUACUACCCUACCCGCCAUCAAGUCUCUUGAACAGUCAGAAGUCGAUUAUGGCGUGAAGAACUCUAUCAAAUCGGGCCCGACGUCUGGCAUUCUCUUGGAUAUCGCUCCUUUCUCUUCUCAAGAAAAGGCACCGUCGCAACAGACACCACAAGCUGCGAAACAGCUUGAUGAGUAUUCAACAAAAUCUGCGGGUGAUGAUGGUAAGGUUCAAUCAAGCUUCACAGCCUCAAUCAACGUUGGGUCGAGUUUAAAUGAGCUCAGUGGUUUGGAAUGGGAACGUGAGAAGGAAGAUAUACAGCUUCCUGUUUGUCCUGCCAAGCCACAGGUAGUCUCUCUUGCAGACUCGGUAAAUAACCCAUCAUCUCCACGAUUGCCCGGAUACCUUAGUCCAAAAUUUCCCCUUGAGCAUAGAGAGCCUAGGAAUCAAACCCCUGCGCCCCUCAUAUCUAAGCAAGAAGCUGAGCCCUCGAAGGAAACUCUCCUCUUAAAUUUAGAUACCCCACCGCUUCCUCAAGGUGAACCCGAGGGUCGAUCUUGGAUCUAUCAUGCUCUCUCAGAUGUAAAAGAGGAAACUGAGACUCGAAAUAUCCGCCCAUCUGCUCUGAGCCGCCUAAGCAGUUCCCCCAACCCACCUAGCCCCUCUGCUUCGCCUAGUCUUCCUGAAAGUCCGCAGAAAACGAUGCUGUUACGACGAGACUGGCUUGAGAAUUUAUGCUCCAAGGAGUUCAUUCCUGAAUCAAGAACCGACUCCCCGGUCUUGAAUGAAACUUCUAGAUAUCAUACCCGCCAUUAUAUGCCAAAUUACUCUAUGGAAGCCAAUGGAGACAGUCCAAACGACUCAUUCGUUCCACUGGAGUAUCAGUACAACUUUCAUCCAUCUCCCUCUCAAGUUCAUAGCACGCUUCCUCCACCUCAGCAUUGGGUCGCCUCUCAGGCACAUACCGAAGAUAUCGGUGAAGACAAGGGACCUGAAUCUCGACUUGCCGAUCAAGAGGAAAUAGAGCUUCAUUCUGUGAUGAAUCAGCAGGCUCCUGUCGGUGGCCAGAAAAGGAAGAGUGCGAUUGCAUUUCUGACAUACAUGGCCAAACAACCGAUGGUUGUUGCUCAAGCUGAUUCUUCAGAAACUUUGAACCGCGAUUCAAGCUCCAUGCCUACAGAGGACUCCGAAGGGGUCUCACCCUCAGACUCAGACUCAACGAGCCAUGCCAUGAAAUUUGAAACUAAAAUUGCACUGGAGAAGGAACGUCAGAAGAGGCUGCGUAUUGAACAGACCAAAUCCCUCUUCAGUCUCUGCAAACGGUUUCUUGAACCGGCUACCUAUUGCCCUGACAUCUUGAAGCUGGAAGUUCAGUUUGGACUAGCUCUGCUCCCCAGUGGACCAAGAAGCUUGAACUCUCAAAAGAUGAGCCUUCGAGGAUUGAAAGAAUUUUACUGCGACAGAGACGGACUCGGAGCUCCAGAACUGAGUUUUUUCAAUCGACUAACAACUUCACCUGCUGAUAUUGAUCAUAUCAUCAAUCUUGAAGUCACUGGCUCUCGUCUCUUUGAACAGGAGUCAUUCUACUCCAGAGUCAACUACGAGUUUCAUUGCGAAUCUGAAUUAUCGAAAUUCAUUAUCAUAGUGUCCGAGCAUGGAACGCACAAGUUGACUCGACCUGAUACCGUCCUUGGGACCGUCCACCUCAGCUUUCCCAGCCACAUAUGGGACGCCGCACUCACUUUGCGGAGUCAGGUGAAUGAAGUCCAAAGUCUUAGUGAAGAGACUACACAAGCAGUUCUAAAACUCGUGCAAAGUCUAUCUGUUGUGCCCGAUCGAACCCACUUACGUCUUUCAACUCGCACGCAUCCAGCCCUCAAAAUCAACAAAAUUCUCAUGAAACGAUCCACAGAACACCGACAUCUCCAAUCUAGGGAUGGCGAAGGCGCUGAAGAGGAUAUCUACCUUCAUAUCACCGAGACCCAAGAUCUCAUCAUAUCAGUACAUGACACCAACAGCGAAGUCAUUCGAGCGCAUUGUGGUCCACUGAAAGAAAUGGCGAAAGCAAACAAGCAAUGGUGGAGCGCAUCUCUCACAUCUCCGAUCUUGGAUACAGUUCUCAGAACGAACACGCAUAUUGAGCCGGGUGAACAGACUAAAGAAUGGACUCCAGCAGAUCUAUUUGGUGAUGAUACCAAAAAUCUGCCAAAACCUUUGGCUUCGACUUCUGACAAGACUGACUUGGACCCAAAUGCUCGUCCCAGUGACGUUGCUGCGUCUGUCGGCUCAGCUGGGAUCAGCAGUCUUGUUCGACUGGCCGAGACGGUCGUCAGUCAUAUUGACGUCGUUGGUGGGAACAAUAGUGGUCCAGGGGUGGCGAUGGCUAAUUCCUCAAACGCAGACAAGGCUCCCAAUGCUGGUGAUAAGCGGAGUGAGGGGACUGCUUCGGUAAACCCACUGCCUGCUGCGCCCAAGGUGGCAAGGAACUUCGGACGGAAGAGAGAAUGGUAG